AUGGUUGACUACGACGCCAUCAACUCUUCUGAUAUCCCUCCCGAGGUUCCUCGCAGCGAGGACUCAGCCAAGGACCCCGAGAACGUCCUUCGCGGCCACAAGGCGACGCUGAACAAUCCUCAGCAAUCCGACGCCGCAAAGGAGCACUCCAAGCAAGUCCUCGAAAACGCAGACGAGCCCUACGACCAGUCCUCUUCGGACACCAAGACCACCGACCAGGGCGAGAAGGACCCGGGCAAUGUCGCGAGGGGUUUGAAGGCUGCUAUUAGCAACCCUGGUGUUUCUGAGGGGGCCAAGGAGAGUGCUAAGGAGAAGUUGAAGUCUUUGGGGGAGUAG